GAAAUCAGUAGAUAUUUUACUUUCGGCGUGAGUGCACGUUUGUUUUCACGGCAAAAAAAAACUCGAGCAACAACAACAACAGCAUAAGCAAGUCUAGUGACAACAACAAAAACAACAGCAACAAGCAGAACUGAAGCAGCAACAACAAGUGACUAGUGAAGCAACAACAACGAUUAGUUGCAGCAUGUGUUGCAUGCAGUGAACAAAAAUAAACACCAGAAGUUUUUAUUAAUAUUCAUAAUUAACAUCGAAAAGAAAAACACAGUGAGAAAAGAAAGCAAAGCAGAGUGUGUGGUGCCAAGGAAAAAGAAGGAGACCAAACCGAAGUCGCUUGAACUGCUCUGCCCGGAAAAGUUCUCGUAACGGCACGGUUAAAAAUGUGUUAGGGAUCCGCGAGAGACACCUUCACUUCAUCAGAUACAAACGGAAACCACAUCCAGCCAACCAUGGACAUGACCAAACAGAUAAUGGACUUUGAAAUGAAGUCAGAGUACGAGGGAGAUCAAUUCGAGGCGAGUGACUAUACAAUGCCCAGCGUAGAAGAUCCCAAAAUGGUGUCACAACCCCUCAUUGAGGACUCGGAGGAGAGCGAUCGGAGAUCCUCGCCGGAGAGAGAAGUGGAAACUAGUUUUGAGGACCCCAAAGAGGCAGAUCCUCAAACAGAGAAAGACCUACCCGACACAGGUGUCAUCAAGUCCACGGAGAAGGAUGCAGACACAGCAGACACAGUGCUGGUGAAGCCAAAGUCAAGUCUGGAGAACGAACAGCCCCUGACACCGCCGCCCCGCCCGCUGACCUCCAGCGAGGUGGUGGGUCUCCGCGAUCCCGACGACCAGGAGCUGCGUCUCCGCCUGGAGGCCAAAAAGUCCCGCUCCCUGCCCGUCUCGCCACAGCCCCAGCAGCAAAGCCUCAAGCUGGCGGCAUCGGCUCUCUUCGAGUUCGGCCAGGCAUCAUCAUCGCCUCCCAUGGAGUCUAAGGUCAAGAGCAGCCCGGAACUGAAGACUCCGCGCCGAAAGGUAACUCCUCCCAGUGGCGGGGACAACCAGCAGUUCUGUCUGCGUUGGAACAACUACCAGUCCAACCUGACCAAUGUCUUUGACGAGCUGCUGCAGAGCGAGUCCUUCGUGGACGUCACCUUGUCCUGCGAGGGUCAGUCGAUCAAGGCCCACAAGAUGGUCCUCUCCGCCUGCUCGCCCUACUUCCAGGCUUUAUUUUACGAUAAUCCCUGCCAGCAUCCCAUUAUAAUCAUGCGGGACGUGAGCUGGUCGGACUUGAAGGCUCUGGUGGAGUUUAUGUACAAGGGGGAGAUCAACGUUUGCCAGGAUCAGAUAAAUCCGUUGCUCAAGGUGGCCGAGACCCUGAAGAUCAGGGGCCUGGCGGAGGUCAGUGCGGGUCGCGGAGAUGGCGGGGCAUCCGCACAUCCAAUGUCCGUUUACGACGACGAUGACGACGAGGAGCUGGCGGCAGCAGCCACUGCCAUUUUGCGACAACACGACGAUCCCGAUGCGGACGAUGAGCUCAAGGCCAAGAGGCCGCGCAUGCUGGCCGACGGCGCCCUGGAUCUCAACAAGAGACAGCGAAAGCGCUCCCAUGACGGUAGCUAUGCCACGCCCAGUCCCUCGCUGCAGGGCGGCGAGUCGGAGAUUUCGGAGCGCGGUUCCACCUCGACUCCCGGCCAGAAUCAGACCAACCAGCCACUGGCCAUGACCACUUCGACGAUCGUGCGCAAUCCCUUUGCCUCGCCCAAUCCCCAGUCGCUGUCGGGCGGCAAUGGAGGCGGCUCCUCCGCCGGAGGAUCCCAGCGGAACUGCUCCUCACCGCCACCAGCAUCGGGACACAGCAAUGGCAGCAGCUCGGCAGCCAUGCACUCCCCGCCAGGCGGAGUGGCCGCCCAGUCUGCUUUGCCCCCGCACAUGGUCGCCGCCGUGGCUGCUGCCGCUCACCAUGCCGCCGUUGUGCCACCCCCUCCACCCGCCAUGCAUCACCAUGCCGCCGCUGCUGCUGCUCAGCAGUUGGCCGCCCAACAUCAAUUGGCUCACUCGCAUGCCAUGGCCAGUGCUCUGGCAGCAGCUGCCGCAGGAGCAGGCUCGGGAUCGGGAGCUGGCUCGGGCGCAGGAUCGGGAGCCAGUGCACCGACUGGCGGUGCUGGAGUAGGAGGCAGUGCCUCUGUCUCAUCAGUGGGUUCCCAUCACGAUGACAUGGAAAUCAAGCCGGAAAUUGCCGAGAUGAUUCGCGAAGAAGAGAGGGUGAGUGAUUAUAAUAUAAUAAUACUUGUAUAAAAUAUUAGUUUUAUUUUUUAGUAUUUAAAAAAACUUUUUAGAAAUUUAAGACUUUGGUUGAUAAAACUCUAACAGAAUUCCCAUUUCUUUCCUUCCUCUUUGAAUAAUUUUAUUGAACUCUUAUAUAUUCAAUUUUAUUCUGCAAAUGAAAUAGAGAAAACCCUCUGAGUAUAAUUUUAUUCACAAAAUAGAUUAAAGCUUAUUAAUAAAUUAAACAUUUUGCAUAUUCUUAGUUGAAACCGACAUUAUGAUAAAUUUAUUUUUCCCCGAAAACGGAAAAGAAAAUCAAAAUAA